AUGUCUACUGCUGAGCUCGCUUGCUCCUAUGCGGCCCUCAUCCUCGCCGAUGAUGGUGUCGAGGUGACCGCCGACAAGAUCCAGACCCUCCUCGAUGCCGCCAAGGUUCAGGAAAUUGAGCCCAUCUGGUCUUCUAUCUUCGCCAAGGCUCUUGAGGGCAAGGACAUCAAGGACCUCCUGACAAACAUCGGCUCCGCCGGCCCUGCUGUCGCUGCCCCCGCCGCCGCUGCUGGUGGUGCUGCUGCCCCCGCCGAGGCUGCUGAAGAGAAGGAGGAAGAGAAGGAGGAGUCCGACGAGGACAUGGGCUUCGGUCUUUUUGACUAA